CGCGGGCCAAUGGGCGCGCGGGGCGGCGGGGAUCCGGCUGGAACCGGUUGGGCCGCGUCCGGCUCUAUAUAAAACUUUAUAAACACCCGAUUCCAAUUAGUGGGGUCGGGACCAGCGCAGCCCGCCGGGUGCAGCCCAGCCCAGCCCCGCACCGCUCCCCGCAGCAGCAGCGGCAGCGCCCCGCACGCCGCGCAGCGCGCCCGGCUCCCCCGCCCCCGCCUCCCCGCGCCGCUCCCCCCGCCCCCUCACGCCGCCCGGCGCGCUCCGCUCUCCCCGCGCCCGCCCGCACCGCCCGCGCCGAGCCAUGCCCAAGAGAAAGGCUGAAGGAGAGACCAAGGGCGAUAAGGCCAAAGUUAAGGAUGAGCCACAGCGGAGAUCAGCGCGGUUAUCUGCCAAGCCCGCUCCUCCCAAGCCUGAGCCCAAACCUAAAAAAGCAGCUCCAAAGAAGAGCGAGAAGGUGCCCAAGGGGAAGAAAGGAAAAGCUGAUGCCGGCAAGGAGGGGAACAACCCUGCAGAAAACGGAGAUGCCAAAACAGACCAGGCACAGAAAGCCGAAGGUGCUGGUGAAGCCAAGUAAAACGUGUGAAUUUUUGAUAACUGUGUACUUCUGGUGACUGUACAGUUUGAAAUACUAUUUUUUAUCAAGUUUUAUAACAAUGCAGAAUUUUGGUUUACUUUUUUUUAAGCUAUGUUGUUAGCACACAGACCGCUUCGUUGUUGUGUUCUGGGGGGGGUGGGGGGCAAUGGGGACAAAUGUCACUUAGUCUAUUUCUCAAAACCUAAAUUUUAAUAAGAAAAGCUUUUGCCAGUCCCCCAGUUUUUGGAAGAAGGGCCCUUCCUGCGGGGAGGAAGAAGGGAUUCCCCGGUGCUGCGUGUCACUCGCGUCCAAGUGAGCAUCAGAGCUCCCACGAUGCUGUUGCCUGCUCCAGAUCCCGGUGCCACCAGCUCUCCUCUGGUGUCCCCCAGAGCCCGUCCCUCCAAAGCACAGCAGAGCUGGCGUUCCGGGACCUUCUGCUGUCGGGUGAUCCGGGCUGCUGGUGUCACCUGGGAUGUCCUGGCUGGAAAAGGAGCUGCACUCCUCUCUUCCCCUGCGGACCCCCGGGCGCAGCAGCCUGCCUCGCGCGCGUUCUCCUCUCCAAGUCAGGGUGGGUUUGUGCAGAGUUGUCAGACAACGCGCCGCUGUCACCGUGUCCACCCUCACUCUAAACUUCGCCCUCUGCAAGCGCAAGCUGAAGAUUCUUGGGGUUUUUAGCAACUUCUCCAUUUCCGUAGUCCACGAAGGGAGGGGAGUUUGACGGUUGUUGUAAAAUGUUGCGGAUUGUAGCCCAUGUCCUGCCUCAAUUACCAUGAUUGUUCAUGAAAAGUACCUUUAAUAAAGCUGGAUCCGGUUUGGCUUGGACUGUU